AUGAAGGUUCUUCAUUCCGCGCUGAGUCUAUGUAUACUUCUGACUGUGGCUGUUUCGGUUGCCGAUUCCGAAACUUCUACCGACGUCCCGACAACAACCCCUAAGGUGAGUUUAUUUGUAACAAGGUUAAAUAAAAACAUGAUACUACACAUUUUCAGUCGUUCCUGGACAAUGUGAGAUUAUUUUUAAAGCUAGUAAGUGAUGCAUUCGGUGCAGCAGUUCGGGUGAAUUUUUUGUGAGCCAAUUUGUAAAAAAAUUCUACCAUAAAUGAAGGCUCCUUGUCAGCAAAAGAGAACACACGUGUUUUCCAUAUUUGUGAUUUUACGGCCAGGCCGGGUCGGGUCGUUGAAAAAUUUUGACGGCUUGGAUAUGAGGCAAACGGAACCAGUUUGAACUAAUAGGGACCCGCUGAUGGAAACUCUUAAUUAUAAACAUCGCGGCAUUUCUCUGCAAUACGCUCUGUUCCUAAUAUGGCCGAGUUUCUCGGCCGCAAAGUAAUUUUUAGUUGUUUUCCACUGAAAAUGUGGCCAAACUUUUCAAACUCGGCCGUUAGGUCAUUGCAAUUUGCAGUGCAAAACGAGUUUCUCAACAGAGCGCGAUUGCAGUGAAAUAAAUUAUUGAGUAAUCAGUAUUUCUACAAAUCACCGAACCGAUUUCGUAUGAAUUUUGUUCUGAAUUAAAAUUUUCUUCAGAAUUUUUUACAGGAUAUAUGGAUAAAUGCCAUCAAAUGCCCUAAUGAGCUGAUCAAAAACGUAUUGAAGAAUGACACAGCGCUCCAUUUUGUGUUUUACAUAUCCGCCGACGAUGAAGCGCAAUUUAAUACAAUUUUUCACGGUUUUAAAUACAAUUAAGACAUUGAACAUAUACUUUCUCAGAUUUUAUUGCCAAAUUUCCCACUUUCGGUUUCUUUAGGAAUUGUUCUUUAGUGAGUGGACUUUCUUCAAUGUCGAAGUGUAUGAACAAGCAAAUUAAAGGUAUGUAAGUCAUUUGUUAGUUCGAUGUUCUCGUAACUAUUCAACGCUGCGUUUACAAGCUUCGGAGUCCUGCUCAAAGUGUUCCCAACUGAUCUGAAACGUUUUGCGUGAAUAUCUAUCUCAUGGAUCUCUUUACACUAACUAGGGAAUGACCCGCACUUACCUUGGGCUAUUGCAAAAUGGGACCUAUAUGAUUCGAGUUAUGAACUGUUUUUCCUAUUGCGACAAGAAAAAAAUGUUAGUGCUGGGGUCAGAGCGACGAUAACUCGAAAACUAAUUUUUUAAAAAAAUAGACGAUCAACUACAAAAUUAUUCACGAGAUAAUUUGCGUCAACUUACUAGUUGACCACUUUUGCAACGGACGCGUGGUUCUUGAGAUACAGGUCGCCGAAGAUGAACUUGCUAGGAAAAAUGUGGCAGAAACAGGCAGAUUUUUCUCGCCAGCCAGUGAGUGCUCUUUUAGCAAAAAAAUGGAGAGCAGAUUCGGAUUCUUCGUGAAAUUCUCUUUCGAAUCAUAUAGGUCCCAUUUUGCAAAAGUCCAAGGUAAGUGCGGGUCAUUCCUUAGUAAGCCAAUAAUAAGGCAUGAGAUCGUUGCUGCUCCAAGUGAGCUGAUCCGGUGGGCAGAGUACGAGCGAAAUUGCUCAUGAUCUCUGCGAGACUACUCUCAUUUCUAGUCAAAACGUCUAGAGCAAGCGCAAAAAUGGCAUUUUUCAUGUGGGCCCUCGCAGCAACUUCAAAUUCAAAUAACUCGGUAUGAACUGAAACCAGUUUUGUUCGUUGUGUGCCCUCAAAAAUGCCACGUUUUCGUGUAUCUCGAAACACCGAAAAAUUAUUUCAAUGCCCAAUUUGCAGUCUGAUCGGAAACACUUUGGACAGGACUUCCAAUUGUUGUUGAUUAAAUACAAAAAUCUUGACUUCAAUGUUAUUCGGCUCAACUUUUUUAGCUUAUCUGGAAUCAUUGCAAAAAUCAAGCUCAGCGCUGCAUACACGUGCGUCGGAGGAAAAGGAAAGGGUCAACAAUUUUCUGAAUGGGGAACUGCUAACACAGGAAAUGAAUAAAUUCCGUGAAUGCCUAAAUUCCGUGUCAUAA